GCGCAUGGCGGGGAGCACUCUGAGCCUGUCCCUGCUUCCUGCAGGUUCGCCAUGGAGCCCUUCUGUCUGCUCCUCCUGGCAGGUGUUAGCCUGCCUUUCGCCAAGGCUCUCAAGGGCAACGAGACCACCCCAGCGGAGAGCAACUUGACCUCUACGACCGCAGGCCCUCCGGACCCCCGCGCGUCCCAGCCCCUGCUGGCCUGGCUGCUGCUGCCUCUGCUGCUGUUAGUCGUCUCCCUCCUCCUCGCCGCCUACUUCUUCAGGAAGCAGAGGAAAGCCGUGGUCAGCGCCAAUGACAAGAAGGUGCCCAACGGAAUCCUGGAAGAACAAGAGCAGCAAAGAGUGAUGCUUCUCAGCAGGUCCCCCUCCGGGCCCAAGAAGUACUUCCCCAUCCCCGUGGCACACCUGGAGGAGGAGAUCCGCGUCCGGUCGGCAGAUGACUGCAAGCGCUUUCGGGAGGAGUUCAACUCAUUGCCAUCUGGACACAUACAAGGAACUUUUGAACUGGCUAAUAAAGAAGAAAAUAGAGAAAAAAACAGAUAUCCCAACAUCCUUCCCAAUGAUCAUUCCAGGGUGAUUCUGAGCCAAGUGGAUGGAGCCCCCUGUUCAGACUAUAUUAAUGCUUCGUACAUAGAUGGUUACAAGGAGAAGAAUAAAUUCAUAGCGGCUCAAGGCCCUAAACAGGAGACAGUUAAUGACUUCUGGAGAAUGAUCUGGGAACAGAAGUCUGCAACCAUUGUCAUGUUGACGAACCUGAAAGAAAGGAAGGAGGUGAGCCAAGCCUUCUGACUCACAGACUCUACUCUUUAAGCUUCUGGGGCUUGGCUGGGGGUGUGCUCACCACAUCCUCUUCCUAUCCCUCUCCCUUCUUAUCGCUGCAGAAAAAGACGAAAAAAAAAAAAAACACGAGGGGCUCACAGCAUUUUUAUCGCGAAACAAAUAUUCUGUGUUCCAAGCAUCUCACUGCUCUAGGCGGCGACACGCAAAUGUCACAGGGUUAGUUCUUUCUUCAGCGGAGAGCCCCCCACCCCAGCCCCAGCCUGGCUGCUCUCCGGUGCUGGCCGUGUGCAGCUCAGCACUCAGAGGCUCAGCGUGCUGGGCAUACGCUACGGUGGGCCUCAGCCGACCAAUAAAAGUGGAUUUCCUGCUUAUUAUCCAGACUAGAGAACUGUUUUUGAAACACAAGGUUUACUGAAGGAAUGUGGAUUUAAUUAGCUACUUCUAAUUUAAAACGUAAUGCACGGACACCAGAGGAACUUGAAGCCUCUAUAAAGAAGGUCAAGCGGAUUCACGUCCUAAGGGGACAGAUACUCCUCCUGGUCUGCUCUGCUGGACAGGCGGCCGCAGGGGAGUGUGCAGGGGGCAGCACACAAACCCCGCCUCCUGUGAUUUAAGUGCCGCUGGGAGGGGCAGGCGCCAAACAGAAAGCAAAUAAACAUAAACUGUGCCAGGAGGUGACAUAAAAAAUAACGGAGAGUAAAGGCCUGAUGAGCAGGGAGGGCCAAGUGAGCCAGGCAGACAAGGAC